AUGUUGCUCAGGCCUGAGCCAGCGGACCUGCUGCUGCCGAGGGAGCUGGGCAGGGUGCUGUUCGCAGCCAAGGACAUCGCCCUGCUGGAGCACGGGUGCAGGGAGCUGGAGGUGGACAGCUACAAGUCCCUCAUGACCCUGGGGGUCCCGGAGGACGGCGGCCACGAGGAUUUCGAGAUCAUUCGGGCCCCGGGCAGGUUCAAGGUGGCUGGGAAGGCCUUUGUGGAGGAAGAGAGGUGCAGAGUGACCACCGUUAGGACACCACCUCGCCGUGGUCCCCGGGAGCCCGAGGGCAGGGGCGGAGUGUGGAGAGGGGUGGUGGAGAUCCCGACCAAGCUGAACCUCCUCCUGCAGACCGAGCGCAGGACGGUGCGUGCGGCCCGGGUGCUGAUGCUGGAGCUGCGCCUGCCAGCCAUGGUCCCCAGGGAGCUGCCUGGGCUGGGGAAGAAGCCCCAGGCGGGGGGCCCCACAGACGCAGACCCCGGGCCACCACUCUGGACUCCCCAGAGAAGGAGAGCAAGGCUGGCGAUGACAAGGGGAGCAGGAAGAAGAAAAAACCACAGGUGGCACCUCGCGGCUGACAAGCAGCGAACUGUGAGUUCAAGGUCGCCCAUGAAACCACAAAUCGCCUCCCACGUCUCUUCUGAGAUCUUCUGGCUGGCGCGUGUUCUGGGGCCGCAGCGCGAGCUGUCGCGUGAGACCCUUAACGAUUUGGAGUCACUUUCCUGUCAAAACAUCACCAGCAAAGCAAACCCGAAAAGCUGA